AAUCCGAAAAAGAUUGGAUCCUUCUUCUCUUCUAAAACAUCGCUCUACUAUUGAAACCGCGGUCCGAGGUUAGGGUUUCCCUUGAAAGGUUUGAUUUGGCCCCGAUUACUUUGUUCUGAUCUAAUUAACAGAACCCUAAUUCUCAAUUCGAUCGAAUCGCUUCUUCGGGGGGCGUGUUCUUCUCCCUUUCGAAGCUUUUGGAUUGGGAAAAGAUUGGGAUGGCGGGUUGGGAUGAUGAAGAGUUUGAAGCGGCGCUACCUAGUUUGAAAAAGGAGCAGCCAAAAGGCUCGUGGGAUGAUGAAGAUGCAGAUGAUGAGGAUGUCAAAGAAUCGUGGGAAGAUGAAGAAGAACCUAAACAGGCACCCAAAGAAGAGCCUAAAGUAGAAAAGGCUGUAACAAAAGCUGCUGUUAAAGCUCCAGCGAAGAAAGCAAAGCAACCCGAAUCAAAAGCGAAACAAGUAGCUGAUGAAGUUCUUGCAGAUCCUGUUGCAGAGAAGCUUCGCCAACAAAGACUUGUGGAGGAAGCUGAUUAUAAAGCAACAAAAGAACUGUUUGAUAAGAAAGGCGCUGAAAAAUCUCUAGAUAAUUUUAUUCCGAAAUCAGAAAGUGAUUUCCUCGAGUAUGCUGAGCUACUCUCUCAUAAGAUUCGGCCUUUCGAAAGAAGCUUUUACUACACGGGUCUUCUUAAAGCUGUUAUCAGGCUUUCCGUAACUUCAUUAAAAGCAGCAGACGUUAAAGAUAUAGCUUCCUCAGUUACUGCGAUCGCAAAUGAGAAACUCAAAGCAGAGAAAGAAGCUAAUGCAGGGAAGAAGAAGCAAGGGGCGAAGAAAAAGCAGCUUCUUGUCGAUAAGCCUGAUGAUGAUAUUGCCACUGGCCGUUUUGAUGAUAUAGAUGAUUAUGAUUUCAUGUGACUCUAUUUUUGGGUUUAUGAUUUUUCUGUGGAGUUAAUUAAUGUAUUUACUGUGGCUGGUAUAUGCAGUUAGUGGAGGCUGAUGCCUGAGGGGUUACUUGUUUGUAUAAGGUUUUGAUUUUAUUGGAGACCUGUGCAUUCUAUUAGAAAGGGGAAAAAAAAAAGAAAUAUGGAUAUUUUUGUUGGUAAGUUUUGAGGGUGCAGUGUCUAAUCAUUUGGUGGUUCAUGUCUUACCAACUUUUGAGAGGUGUAAUAAUAUAAUGUUUAUUUGAACAAUAAUAUAGCAAGAAAUUCCCAUCUCGAAUA